UGUUCUGGGUCUGGCUGGACAUUCAAGAGUUUAUUAUUAACUACUUUUUUUAGCUCAAGAUUAAAUUUUUUUGUUUUUUUUGUUUUUUUUUUUUAACUUUUGGGCAGGAAUGUCAGUGGUCACACACACUUCACUUGCACUCAUCUCUCUCUUUCUCUUGGAAUUUGUAUAAUAUUAUUGACUUGGUUGUUGUAUUUCCAUUUUCUACUGCUUGUUUCUUCCCACCGGCGUUGAGAAUCUUUAUAAUCAUAUAUCUCAGUUUUUAGAAUCAUUUUGCAGUGAAGUUGUUGAUUGAAUUCCUGCUAAACCCACCCCCCCACCCCCCCAUUUUCUACUUCUUGUCUUCUUCUUUCUUUUCAGAAUAAACCCCAACUCUCUUCUUCUUCUUCUUCUUCUUCUUCUUCACUCUUCUUUUUCGGCUUCAACAAACCCAAUUCCUGUUUCCAAUUCUAAUUUUGAAAUCACCCAUUUAUCCUUUUUACUUCUUCUCUUGAGUUUUCCUUUUUCUGGGUGAUGGAGGUUUGCUGUAAUCUUGAAGUGGAUGUCAAUGGCGAAGAGAUUUUCAUGGUGGAUAAGAAAAUUGUAGCUUCGUACUCUGGGAGGUUGAGCAAGCUAUUUGGUAAAUCAAAGGCUACUUCAAGAAAUUUGAAGCUGAUAUUCCAGGAUUUUCCUGGAGGGGCAGAGGGAUUUGAGUUGAUAUUGAAGUUCUGUUACAACAAUGGAAAUCUUAAAUUGAAUCCUUCAAAUGUCCCUCUAUUAUAUUCUGCAGCACAAUUCAUGGAGAUGAACAGUUCAAUCUCAGGAACCCAAAAUUUACAAGAACAAACAGAGAAAUACAUUGAAGAUAUCAGCGAGUGGAGUUGGUCUGAGCUUUUGAAUGCUUUGAAACGAUGUCAAGAUUUGUUUCUUAGCCCUCCAAUUGUGAUUGAGAAAUGCUUAGAUUCUCUUGUUGGAAGGCUGAACUUAGCUGUGGAAGCAAAUUCUUGUCCAUCUACAUCCUCGCCCGAUAGCUCGGCAUUACGGUUUUCGUGUGAUACGAAAAGUACUGAAAGCUUAAAGACAGGGUUCUCUAAUGGAUUAUGGUGGUUUGAGGAACUUUUAGUCUUCACUCCUGAUUUGGUUAAAAUGUUGGUUCAAUUUAUACUCGAACGAAAUUUUGAUGAAGGUGUCAUUGGUAGGUUCCUUAUUUAUUACCAGAAAUCGAAGUCUUCGAAUGCUACAAGAGAAGAAAAGCGUAAGAUUGUUGAGGUAGUAGUCGAAAUGCUCUAUGUUCUUGAGCACAGUUCUGUUUCCUGCAAGAGCCUUUUCAGCAUUCUUCGAGUUGCUUUGGGAUUGAACAUAGACAAAUAUAUUCGAAAUAAGUUGGAGAAGAUGAUUGGUGCAAGGUUAGAUCAAGGAUCAUUGGACAAUUUACUACUUCCAUCUCCAUCCGGAAUGAAUUAUUUAUAUGACGUGAAUCUUGUUCUAAGAUUCAUCAAAGCGUUUUUGCUUGAAAAAAUGAACCGAACAUCUCCGAUGCCAUUAAAAAGAGUAGCUAGGUUAAUGGAUUUGUACAUGGCAGAAGUAGCUCCUGACCCUUGUUUAAAGCCUUCAAAGUUCCUAGCCCUUGCUAAAGCCCUGCCAGAUUAUGCUCGAAGCUCCCAUGAUGAUAUGUACCGUGCCAUAGAUAUGUACAUAGAGGUUCAUACAGAAAUGUCAGAAGAAGAAAAGGUUAAGAUGUGUUGUGCAUUGGAUUACGAGAAGCUUUCAGCUGAAACUUGCAUAAAUCUUUCAGAAAACAUAAGAUUUCCAUCCACAUCUUCCAUACAAGCCCUGAUUUCUGAGGAACUCAAGCUCAAAACCUUACUUCAAACAGCUAACAGCUCUACGUCCAUCACAAGUUUGCCUUGUAAACUGGACGGAAAGCUCGAUUUUCCAGAAGAGAAUGAGAAACUGAAAGCGCACAUACAAGGAAUCCAAUGGAGAGUGAUGGAGUUAGAGCAUGUUUGUAAGAAACUGCAAACUCAAAUGACGAAAGUGAUGAAAUCUAAAGUAACAAAUCAUAGUCAGCUGAAAUCUUUGCCAUGGCUUUGUUCAUAGUCUAAUUCCUUAAUCUGAAAUAUUGUUGUUUGUAUUGUACAAAGUGAGGAAAUUCUUUUAUCCUUAUUAAGGUAGACACUGAGGUUGAUUAAUUAGGUGCUGUUUGUUUUUCAUUGUAGAUUCAAAAUAUUGGGUUGUGUACAGUGACAGAGAUGAAAGUUGAAAAAAAAAAAAAAAAAAGAAAGGGAAAGAAAAAGAAGAGAGCUUUUUCUUUCUUUUUUGGUUA